GGCCGGAUCACGAAAUGCUCGCGCUAGUGCCGACAAUGGCAGCAACAAUGGCAGCGACGAUAGAGGCCGCGACCUGCUCGUCAACACUAUUUUUCCUCCCUUGUUCUCCUUUCUCCUCUCUGCCUUAUUUUCACUUGUCUCACCAUUCGCUUCCCCCUUCAUCCCCUCAUCGUCCCUUGAGAUGUUUCUUUGAGGAUGGUGGAAGAAUCCUAGGUCGUGGCCCAUGGACUAGAAUGUUCUCUUCGCACGCUCCACUGAUCAAAGAUGAGAGCGCUUCAUCACAUAUAAAGGAGGGAGGGAAGAAUGCAGAGAAGCAGCUUCGUCUUUUCUACAAUGAUAUCUACCAUGUCGAACUCCCACAAGGCCAUCGGUUCCCGAUGCACAAGUAUCGAGCAGUUCGAGAGAGGAUACAUCACGCGAACAAACCAAACAUCGUUCUACAACCCUCUCCCAUUGCAAGGACAGAUGACAUUCGGACAACGCACUGCCAUGAGUACCUCAGACGUUUCCUAUGCAACAUGCUUACAGACAAGGAGAAUAGAAACAUUGGUUUCCCUUGGAGCCCGCAGGGCGUGAAGCGCACGUUGUCUUCGGUAGGUGGAACGGUAGCGGCCAUGCACAGCAGCACAGGACAUAAAUUAGCUGGGCACAUUGCUGGUGGAACACACCAUGCGUUCAGAGACAGGGGUGAAGGGUUUUGUGUAUUUUCAGACAUUGCUGUUGCUGCCAAUGUUGCUUUACGGGACUAUGAACAUAUCAAGAAGAUUCUGAUCGUUGAUUGUGAUGUGCACCAGGGGAACGGAAAUGCAGUUUUAUUUCAAGAUAAUCCGUUUGUAUUCACGUUUUCUAUGCAUUGUGCUGGAAACUUCUUCAGCGAACGGCAGAAAAGCGAUCUCGAUGUAGAGAUUCCCGUCCAUUGUAAGGAUGAUGACUACAUGAGCCUGCUGCACUAUUGGCUGCCCCUUGCUGUGGAUCGCUCGCAGCCCGAUCUCAUCUUCUAUCAGUCAGGAGUUGACUGUCUUGGUGGUGAUAAGCUGGGACGAGCCAAUCUGACUUUAGACGGGGUAACGUAUCGUGAUCCUACAGGCGCUCAGCUGCAGUCAGAUCACAAGAUCAGGCUCGUGGUGACCAUGGGCGGAGGCUAUCCAAGGGACAUGAGCCCUGCUAGCCCGGAAUUCAGGUAUCAUUGA